AUGAAUCAAUCCUGGGCCGACGUCGAGGAUGACAUCCCCGUGCCGGAAAUCACGGCCAACGCCGACGGCACCAAAACCGUGGUCAGCUACCGGCUCAAUGCCAGCGGCCAGAAAGUGAAGAUAACACAGAAAAUCAAGGAGGUCAAGGUGCGCGAGCGCGUGCACCCGCUGAUCGCCGUGCGCCGAGCAUGGACCAAGUACGGCAAAGAGAAACACACGCCUGCCGGGCCGGACACCCGGACCACGCAGCUCGGCGAGAAGGUGGAGUUGAAGCUCGCGGCCUCGUGGAAGGAAAUGGAGAAGAAGGAGGAGGAGGAGAAGGCCGAGGAAAAGGCCCACUUGAUCAGCACGCAGAGACUCAAAUGUAGAACGUGUGGCGGCGACCAUUUCACCGCCAAGUGUCCGUUCAAGGAGACCUUGGGCGCGGAGGCGGCAGGGGCUUCUGCCACGCCGGAGCCCACCGAGCUGUCCAAAUACGUGCCUGUGCAUUUGCGCAAGGACGCGCCGUCCAGGGAGUCCCGCGACGACUCGUGCACGUUGCGCAUCUCGCAGUUGAACUCGUUCGUGAACGAGGACAUGAUCCGCGGCGAGUUGCUUGCCAAUCACGGGCCUUUGCAGAGGGUCACGCUUAUCACCAGGAGAGAUACGGGCGAGUCGAAGGGCUUUGCGUACGUGACGUUUGCCACGGAGAGCCACGCGCAGAAGGCCUUGGACGAUUUGAACGGCAAGGGUUACCACUCGUUGAUCUUGAAGUUGGAGUGGUCGCAGAAGAAGAAGGUGUAG